AUGGGUAACGUUAUUUCUACGAUUGAACGUCCCCUGGUUUCAUGGCUGGCGGGUACUCAACCCCCACCCAGGAAUUCUACUAAAAAAGAAUUCAGAAAACAGCCAAACAUCCAGCCUUCUACGGACAGGUAAGUGGAUAGCGGCUGCAGGUAUAUUAGAAGAUGGGGGUCAGAGUUUGAUAAAGAGUAGAAUAAAGGAUGGUUUGUUAAUGGGCAUCAUUUCUAUAAAUAACACAGCUUUCCUGUAGAUUGAAUUGUGUUGUCCCAUUAUAUGAAUGGGAGUAAAAUCCUUAAAAUGUGAAUUUGUGUUUGAUACUUGUUAUUUUUCUUAACUGAUGAGAUAAAAAAUGAACACAACAAUGUGUGUAGCUUAGCCCAUUUGUAGUGAUUGAUAUAAAAUAAGCAGGCAUUAUAUACGGGGGUGCAAAAAAAAAGGAAAAUAUAUAGCAAUUAAUGAAGGUGUUUUGAGUCCAUAAUCAGACAGGACCAUCCUGUGAUGAAAUGAGUCUUGAAGAAUUUCACAGGUUUUACACAUUAAAUCAAAUUAUUUAACCAUUGCAAUACAACCCAAAUAACAAUGCAUAAUAUAUAAUGAUUUAUUUUAUCAUUUCCUAAACACACUCAGUUAUUUCAAACACAAAACAUCAAAUGUGUGAAAUAUGAGACUUCACUAAUCAUUUUCUCUUUCCUAAACAGGCUACCUCUUAAAUCAGAGCCCCAGACAUUCCCCCAAUUAUCAUCUAAUCUGGAUAUUUCUCCAGAAACUGAGAAGGGGAAGAGGUGGGAGCCACGGGAGCAGAAUGGUGGGUUUGUGGCAAAAAUUCUAAAAUGUUGCCAACAAGGCACAGAGAGACGUCGCCUUCCCCCUUCUGUUACAUCUAAAUUUGCUGUGCUUGAUAAAAGGUAAAUACUGUGUGAUCACAUUAACAAAUUGCGAUAAUAACCUCUAGGCUGGGUGCUGGAAGAAUUAGCCUGACCUUUUUUGUUUUUGUUCAAAAGCUUUAGACAUUAUGAUACCUAUGUCAGAUAUAGAAAAGAGGAGAAGAAACCUGAUGUACCAUACUAUAUUCGGGUGACUCCAAAAAAAUCCAACUUGGAAAUUCGUUAUGCUCGGCCACCUAGGUAAGUGUAUCACGAGACACAGAAUGACUGACCAUAAUCCUAUAAGGUUAUCCAAAUAAAACUGCAGGGUCCUCAGUAAACCAAUACCCUGGUUCUCUCACUGGCUGUCUGUGUACACAGGAAACCAAUGAGAGAAGAUCCACAGAUAGAGAAAGAUGUCAAUGUUCUUUAUGAGCCAACAUCACAAAUUUCUGAGGAGUACUACAGCAACUUGACUUACCAGGAAUUACCUAAUUUCUAUAAGAUAUGUAUUUUAAUAUAAACAGAAGCUUUAAUGGUACAAAGUAAACUAUUUACUGUAAUUACUGUAACCAGAAUGUAAUGUGCGUAACAUAAAUGAUCUGAUAGUGUCACUAACGGCUGUGCAAUAAUGACUGAUAGAUAACGAGUGAUAGGGUAGCUGAUGCACUGAACGUGAGAGGAAAGCUGAAGAGGAAUAAGAUAAGUGACAAAAUGGGCUGAUGGAUGGAAAGGGAGAAAAGGAUAUAAUUGUUACAACUGUAUUUUAACUUUUCCUAUUUUAAUUGCAGGGACCCAUUCCUAUUCUCUAAGGUGAAGCCUAAAUUACUUCCAAAACAAUACAAAACAACUAAAAAGGCUGAAAGUGUAAAUUAUUGUGCAGAGUGUCAUAAACAGGAUAAUAUUCUACAGCCUGAACAUGUCACAAGUCUAGAGGAUAUUCCUUAUCGGCCUUCUACGGACAGGUAAGUGGACAAUUGCUGCAGGUAUAUUAAAUGGGGUUAUUGGAAGAUGGGGAUCAGAGUUCGAUAGAGAUUAUAUUAAAGUUUGGCUUGUUAAUGGGCAUCAUUUCCUUAAAUAACAGAACUUUACAGUAGAUCUAAUAAUGUUAUCUCUAAAUGAAUGGUAGUAAUCUAUGCGGUAAAAUGCUUAAAAUUGAAUUUGAGUUACACCUUUUAGCUAUUUUUCUAAACAGAUGAGAUAAAAGAUCAAAAAAAGAUCAAAUCCAUGAAUGUGUGCAGCCUAGCUCAUUUGUAGUGAUGGAAAUUGAAAUAAAAUAAACAGGCAUGAUAUACAAGGGUGUAAAAAAAAAAAAGAAAAGUUAAAUAUAUAUGAAUUAAAGGGUCACUAUAGACACCAGAACAACUACAGCUUAAUGUACAAAAUGUGUUUACAUUGCUCCCUAGGGACACCUACAGUGGCAAUCACUCAGGCAGCCACUAUAGGUGCUUGCUGUGGCAAUGCUGCAGAGUGUGCAGCACUGACAUUCAGCGUCUCCACGCGCUUCAUGAAGACACUGAGCAUUCCUCUUCGAGAUGCAUCAAUUUAUGAUUGGCCAGGACAGCGUUGCCUCCGCCCCCAGCAUGCCUUCUUGGCUGGGAUCAUUAAAAUUUACUAACUCAGUCAAUCCAAUGCUUUCUAAAGGUAAAGCAUUGGAUUGGCUGAGAUCAUCAAUUCUGUUUAUCAGCCAAGGAGGCAGUUUAGGGAUGGAGCCCUGCGUGGCGCUGGAAAAAAGUGAGUUUAAACCCUUUUACUUUCCUGACAGGGGGCUGAGGCACUAAAUAGUAAUAUUAGAACUAUAGUGUCAGGAAUACAUAUUUGUUUUUCUGACACAAUAAUGCCCCUUUAUUAAAUGUGUUUUGAGACCCCAGCACUAUCCUGGGCUGAAAUGCAGGAUGUAAUUAUUCCAGACGUGUCAAAGGUUUUACACAUCAAAUUUAAUUAUUUAAUCGUUAGAAUACAACCCAAAUAGCAAUGCAUAAUAUCUAAUGGCUUCUUGUAUCAUCUCCUAAACACACUCUGUUAUUCCAGAGAUAUAACAUCAAUUUAUUAAUGACCUUUUUGUUUUCUGGUGUGUUUUUCUUCAAACCCUUUAGACAUUAUAAUAACUAUGUCCGAUUUGGCAAAGAGGAGAAGAUUCCCGAUGUACCAUACUAUAUUCGGGUGACUCCACGAGAAACUAACCAACUAAUGACAUGUGCUCGGCCACCUAGGUAAGUGUAUCAUGAGACACAGAAUGACUGACCAUAAUCCAAUAAGGUUAUCCAAAUAAACCUUCAGUGUCCUCAGUAAACCAAUAUCUUGGUUCUCUUACUGGCUGGCUGUGUACACAGGAAACCAAUGAGAGAAGAACCACAGAUAGCGAAAGAUGUCAAUGCUCUUUCUGAGCCAACAUCACAAAUCUCAAAUUGGAAAAUUAAAUUAUUACAAUACAACCCAAAUAGCAAUGCAUAAUAUCUAAUGGCUUCUUGUAUCAUCUCCUAAACACACUCUGUUAUUCCAGAGAUAUAACAUCAAUUUAUUAAUGACCUUUUUGUUUUCUGGUGUGUUUUUCUUCAAACCCUUUAGACAUUAUAAUAACUAUGUCAGAUUUGGAAAAGAGGAGAAGAUUCCCGAUGUACCAUACUAUAUUCGGGUGACUCCACGAGAAACUAACCAACUAAUGACAUGUGCUCGGCCACCUAGGUAAGUGUAUCAUGAGAUACAGAAUGACUGACCAUAAUCCUAUAAGGUUAUCCAAAUAAACCUUCAGUGUCCUCAGUAAUCCAAUACCCUGGUUCUCUCACUGGCUGUCUGUGUACACAGGAAACCAAUGAGAGAAGAUCCACAGAUAGAGAAAGAUGUCAAUGGUCUUUCUGAGUCAACAUCACAAAUCUCAAAUUGGAAAAUUUAA